AUGAAAUCGUUAAAAAAGGCUACACAUCGUAGUAAUUGGAAAAAAAGUCAAAAGCAACAUGAAUCAAACAAUUAUACCAACAGCAACACAACUGUUAAUGCCAACACCAACAAUAAUGGACUUAAACAUACCACAAAGAAAAAAAAUAACAACAAUGAAUUAAUAUCCAAACCAUAUGAUCAAAUGAAAGUUCCUGAAAUUAACACAGAACAGAGAAAGAAAGUCGGCAGUUUAAUGCAAAGAAGGUUGUCUAUCCACUUAUCAAAAGAAGCAGCCGUUCCAAAUAUUGAUUUAAACACAGCACCAGCAUUGCCUAGCAAUAUCUAUACCAAUGUAACAGGAGAUAUAGACAGUAAGAAUAAAUUGGGAGAUUAUUCUAUCAGUGCUACGAGUCCCAUUGUGAAUAGACAAAAAACAUCAUAUAAUCCGAAUAUUCUUAGAAAAUUGCUUGGUGAUAAAAAUUUUCAAGCCAAAAAUUUUGUCAGUGACAGUUUGGGGGAUGCCACUGCUAGAGAAAUUGAUAAUUUUACCACAAGUUUAAAUCAAUUAUCUAAUGAAGUUAGUGAUGAAAUCAAAGACAAUAUCGACAAAAGUUAUAAAGAAAUUCUAGUGGUUAACAAAGAAUUAAACACUGCAACAGUUGAAUUGAAAAAAUUAAGGACAAAUAUUGAUGAAUUGAAUGAUGUUUUAAAAGAUUUCAAGAAAAUCGCCACAAAAAAAUUGGCAACUGCAAGUAAGCUGCAAAGUACUAUGUUACCGCAGCCCACUACGCCAAAACAAAAUAUGUUAGAAUUAGAACAACAGCAAUUUUCAAGCACUGAUAUGAAAAAUCGCAAAGAUAGGACAAGCGUUUAUAUGCUAGAAAAGAUAUGGGAAAAUGAGUUGAAUGUAUUGUGGAAGCAUGUUGAAGGUGCUCAAAAAUACGCACCUGCAAUUACCGGGCGUCAUAUUUUAACUGAAAGCAGUGAUUGGUUUGAAAUUAAUGUAGCUACUUUAAAGCCAUUAUAUAACGUUCAUCUUAUUGUGUUGAAUGAUCUUCUAUUGGUUGCUUCGAGAAAAUUUGUAAAUAACGGUAACACCGAUGCCAUAACAACUACAACAUCAAGUGACAUUAUACACAAUGCAUCAGAUGAACCAAAUUUGUAUGUUAUUCAAUAUGGCUUGUUAAGAGAUGUAAAGUGUCUUCCAAACGAGAAAGAUAAUAGAUUGUCGGUUUCUUUUGGUAAUAAUAAGGGCAUUUUUGUAUAUCAGUGUAGAAAGGGAAAGGAGUACACACGUGUUCUAAGUUGUAUCAGAUCAGCAAAGGAUGAAAUUCAAGAAUUCGCGCAGCAUGAAGAGGAAAAUGCAAAAAAAAUACGCGAUUCACUUCUUUAUUUACAAAAUGUAACUGGCAACACUCCGGUUGUUUCAAGUUCUGUCAGUCCUAGAAAAUCAUCUCAUGGCAGAACUCCUAGUUAUGGAACCAAUCCAGUUUUAAAUCUGAGUCCCGCGAAAAAGGAUGAUUUUGCAUUAAUGCAAAAUGUUAGUAUCUCAAUUAACUCUAUUACUAAAUCACGUGAUACAAAUUCUGGUACCUAUCAAAUAAAACAGGCAGAUGACAUGAUUGGAAAUAUUGGUAUAUAUUUAUCAAGAAAGAAUUUUAAAGAUGUUGUGAGAACCAUUGAUCAAGCCAUGGGUAUUCUGACUACAAUCAACAAGAAUUACAAAUUAGACGAUAAAGACGAAAUAUUAAGAAACGCCACCAAAGUAAAGUUGGAUGAAACAAAGCAAUUGGUAAUUGACAAAUUGAUGUCCAAUCUAAACAAUGAAUUAAUGGAUUUGACUGUUAUUACAGAUGGCGUUAAAUAUUUAUUGUUUCUAGAUGUUCCAGCAUACCAAGUUUUGGAUCUGUUUUUAACUAAUAGGUCAAACUACAUCAAAGAUUUAGGUAUAAGGGUUAGUAGUACUUUUUUAAAUACAGAUCUUUAUAUUCUAGAAAUUACCAUUAUUCGUUUUCAGAUAAUCAAAAAAGCGGUUGUUAUAUUUAAUGAGUUAUUUAGAAACAGUGAUUUCAAUAUGUUAUCAUCCACUUUGGCGGCAUGGGUUAGCGAUGAAAUCGAUUUGCAUUUUGAAUUAUUAGAAAAGGUUUUAUAUACAGAACCUGUUAUCACAUCUAAAUUUGUCAAAUCGUCUAGGAGGCAAAUUGAUGAAUUGAAAACCGUUGGAAUGGAUUUUGUUUAUAAAUUAGACAAAUUUAUGGCUGACAAUAAUAGUAAACUAGAAGCACACAGUAUCAAUGCCCCUCAGUUAGGUGUCAAAUAG